AUGGACAACAUGGCAACGGGAUCCGUUCUUUUCCGCACCUUCAGCGCUGGCUUCGCAGCCAUCGUUGUUCUGUGUUUUUUCCUGCCGUCGCCUUUCGGCGCCAGAGUCAUCUUCGCAGAAGCGAAGCUCCUCAAGGUGAUCGCCCUGGCCCGGCACGGAAACCGCAACCCGAACGCCCAGGCCGAGGCGAUUUGCCCCAAGGCCGCGCCCUUUGUGUUUGACGCCUUCAAAACCGAGUACGCGAAGCAGAAAGCCGCGCUCAGUCGGGUCGGUCUGGCGGAGUGCCAGGAGGCGGGGAAAUGGUUGCGCAAACGGUAUAUCGAGGACAAAGAGCAAGCCAAAGAGCAGCCGCUCGUCUCGAAAACGUUUUACGACACGGAGGAGACCUUCUUUUACUCGGAACGCAUGGAUCGCAACGUCGUGAGUUUGCACGCGUUGGUGAAUUUCGGCUUUUACCCCCCCGGCACCGGGGUCACGGGGUUCGCGAAAUCGGACCCCAACGUGGUUCCCAUCCUGACCGCCCCGGCCUUCCACGACACCAUCAUGAACCUGCCCCGCGACGGCCCGUGCAAGCCGGUGUACAAGGAGGACAAAAGCAGUUUCGACGCGGCGGCCUUCCUGACAAAGGACGCGCGGGAAGUGAUAGACGAGUUUGGAAAACAGGCUUGCGGCAUCGACUUCUUCAACCCGGCGCAGUCCCACGCGCCGAAAGACAUUCAGAAGAAGGAGGUGGCGUGGACGCUGAAAAACGCGGCGGACAUGAUGAAUUUUGCGCGCAACGAGGGGAUUGCGGUGGAAGAGAAAUUUUUCCAGAAUAUCCAAGAAAAAAACGUUGUUAGUGUAAAUUUGUGAUGCGGAACAUGCAAGGCGAUUGCGUCUCUCAUGCUUGGCAUGCAUUGUAGGGUCCACUGAAGGGCGUUUUCACGUACCAUCUGCGCAUGACAGGUUUUUGCUGUCAUGCCAGACAGUAAUGCUGUUCCUCCAAAAAAGUUACACCUACAAUGUUUUUUUCUUGGAUACAGAACGACCCAACAUUACUGGACAGCGUAAUUUCCAUUUCCUCCAAACUCACCAACGCGGAGCGGUUCGGCAAGCCACACCAGCUGACGUACUGGCUGGGCGAUUUUUACAAACAAGUUCUGUUGCCGAACUUCCUCACCGUGCCGGACGAGGACAAACGGGGCAAAAAGAAGGAGACGCUGGAGAUCCCGGGCGUGGCUCUCAACGCGAAGCACGCGGACUGGUCGCUGUCGCCGACGGAAUUCUUCUUCCACCAGAAGCUUCUGGUCUUCAUGAACCACCGCGAGUUUUUGACCGCGUUCGCGACCGUGUUGGGGAUCGAUUUUGGGGUCACGAAGCCAUUGCCCUCCGGCAGCAUGCUGGUUUUGGAGUUGCACGAGGUGGAGAAUGAAAAUACUGCGAAGGGGGACGAAGAAGUAGAAAAGGAGCACUACAUCAAAUUUUUCGCGUGGACGCCAAGCAAGCCGAGUUUUGCCAAGAAGCACGAGUACCUGACGACCGGGCAGCCGAUGGAGGACUUGUACGCCUUCGGCAACGCGGAGCCCGUGUUUCCCCGAGCGUGCAGGGAUCCCGAGGGAAAGUGCUCCCUGGCGGACAUCGAGCGCGCGUUUGGCGAUUUGAUGGACAAAACGGGCACCUGGGAGGAGGUCUGCAACGUUCGGACGACGAGUUCUUCAUCUUCGUCGGCGCUGCUCUCGUACGCAACAAAUCUUGUUGAAGAACAUCAAGCGGGUGAUGAUGAAGAAGCAGCGUCGACGCGUCGGAAGGACAAGGAAAAAAAUACAGACGCCUCGCAAGAGCAGUCGAGUCGCUUCGGCGGUUGGGAGGGAGCGGGGAUUUUUUUCUGUGGAAUGCUUUUGUCCUCUCUGUUUUGGGUCACCUUCUUCCACCGGGUGGUGUUUCACUAUGCGGUAGGCCCCGUAGCAGUGCGCGAAGUAGACGGGUUGGCCAGCUUGCGCUUACCGUUUUUCCAAUCGGCUGACACUCAACAAAAUAUCUGAUCUCGCAUAGUAAGUACUAGAGUAUCACUGUGAUGAAACGAUUUUCAUUUUUGUACUUACAGAUUCGCUGCCCGGCGCAAUCUGUCUGAAUCGGCGAACGCAAUCUAUCUACUAUCUAUCUGAAGUAAGUUGUCACUACUGAGCAUUAGAACUGAAAAUAGGUAAAGCCGCAAAAGAACGCUGCAACUUUUUCCAGAGGAAGAAUGAAACGCAUGAGGAUGACGAUGAACAUGAUGACGAUGGAUGAUUGGUGUUGUGAAACGCCCGCAGUAGAUGAAGUCUCAUCUAGUGAACCGGUCGCACGUGACGCUCUGAAACAAAAUGCAACAUAAGUUGUUGUGACGCUGACCACUGUAGUUGUAUCAU